CCUCCACCCACCAUGUGACUGAUGGGCAGAUCGGAGCUGCCUCUGCUUCCUCCCGGUGACGUCGGGCCGUAAAGGCGGCAGACAGGAGCGGACCAGCGGGGCAGCUGCUGAGCGGUUCUGCGGACCUGACGGCCGUUGUGUGGAUUUAUCGAUCACUGAUCAGAGAAGGGCUUAUUGACGGAACCUGAAGCGUCGGUUUAGCGGUUUACGGUGUCUGAUGGAGGAGGGAUGCGUUGCCUAGAAACAGAGACAGGACUGAGGGUGGAAACAGGCCGAGCGUCACUGCGAUCGGCCAGACUUUAGUCUCCAGGCUUUGUGAAGCUGUAGGAUGAACCUGUAAGUCUACACUCAGGGUGAAGCAGCCACCAUGCCGUGUACCUGUGCAGAGUGGAGGAGAUGGAUCCGUCCCCUGGUUCUGGUUCUGUACGCACUUCUGCUUGUGGCCGUGGUGCCUCUGUGUGUUUGGGAGCUCCAGAAGGACAAGGUUGGGACUCACAGUAAAGCCUGGUUCAUAGCCGGCGUGUUCGUGUUCCUCACAAUCCCCAUUUCACUGUGGGGGAUCCUGCAGCAUAUGGUGCACUACACCCAGCCUGAGCUGCAGAAACCUAUCAUCAGGAUUCUGUGGAUGGUACCGAUCUACAGCUUGGACAGUUGGCUGGGCCUGCGGUACCCCAGCCUGGCCAUCUAUGUGGACACAUGCAGGGAGUGCUACGAGGCCUAUGUUAUCUACAACUUCCUGGUGUUCCUGCUCAACUUCCUGAGCAACCAGUACCCAAGCCUGGUGCUCAUGCUGGAGGUGCAGCAGCAGCAGCCGCACCUGCCACCGCUGUGCUGCUGCCCGCCGUGGCCGAUGGGAGAGGUGCUGCUGUUCAGGUGCAAGCUGGGAGUCCUUCAGUACACUGUGGUCCGACCUGUCACUACAGUUAUAGCACUCAUCUGCCAGCUCUGUGGAGUUUAUGAUGAAGCCAAUUUCAGCUUCAGAAACGCCUGGUCCUACCUGGUUAUAGUCAACAACAUAUCACAGCUGUUUGCCAUGUACUGCCUGGUUCUGCUUUAUCGAGCCCUCAAAGAUGAGCUGACUCCCAUCAGGCCCGUGGGAAAAUUCCUCUGCGUCAAACUGGUGGUGUUUGUCUCAUUCUGGCAAGCAGUUUUUAUAGCCUUCCUGGUGAAAGUAGGUGUGAUCUCUGACAAACACACCUGGGACUGGGACAGUGUGGAGGCUGUAGCUACUGGACUGCAGGACUUCAUCAUCUGCAUAGAGAUGUUCCUGGCUGCUAUCGCUCACCACUACACCUUUACCUACAAACCCUAUGUUCAGGAAGCAGAGGAGGGAUCAUGUUUUGACAGUUUUCUGGCCAUGUGGGAUUUCUCCGACAUCCGAGCUGACGUCACGGAGCAGGUCCGCAAUGUUGGUCGUACUUUCCUGGGACGUCCCAACAAGAUGUACUUUGGAGCAGCAGCUCGACCAGAGCACACUGAGCACACUGGCCUGCUGAACUCCACCUCCCAGGAUCCCGUUGUUGGAGCAGCAACGUCUAUGCCCUCCUCCCCUUCCUCAGUCGGGCGGUACCAAGGUUUCGGCCACACGCCCGCCUCUCACUCAAUCUCUGCCCCUGCAGGUUUCACAUCUUCGUCCUGGGAGGACGUCAGCGACUGUACUCCUCCUCAGCCGGGAAUCGGACAAUAAACAAGUGAAAACAAUGUCAGAAAUGGCAGUAAACUCUGCAAAUUUAUGAUAGAAAACUAAAAAAGUGAACAGAAGAAGAGAAUGCACUCUGAUGUCAAAGCCAUGUUUGGUCAGGAACUGGUAUAAUUUUAAAGGAUGGUCAGAUGUUAAUGUUUAAAAUCUGUAUUUUGCUGUCAGAUGGUGUAGUUUUGAUAAAUGUGUCUGAUGGAGUGAAAAAGGGAAGCCGGUUGUUGUCUUGGUUUUGUGCUGUUGAAGUGCCCUUCAGAAAGCUUUAACUGUGUGUCCCAACUCACAAUAAAAUUAAAACUGGCACUGCAAA